GCAGGAACACAACGAAACCAUUAACAAUACUGGCGCUAAGUGCCCACAGUGCGUAUGUGGAAUACAAGAGAGCGAAAGCGUCUAGUAGCCAACGGAGGCGAACGCUACUUCAAUCGGCCGAGAAGACUCGUAGCGUGAAGGUGCUGCUGGUGAAAUCGCGCGCGUUCACCACCAAAAAUAAGAAGAAAUGACAGGAAGAUAUUUUGUUACAUAUUUUGUUAAAAAAAUAUACAUAUUUACUACAACGGUAGCACAUUAGUGACUUGUGGCGAAGGAAGUGGCUGCAUUUAUUAAGAAAUUCGUGUGAAUAAUUACAUAAAAAGUGGAAAGUGUUGUGAAAAAAAUCUAAACAGAAAUUAUUAGUAAUUAUUUAAGAGGCUAAAGAAGUGCUGGAAAUCUUUAAGAGUUUGGUGGAAUUCACGCGGUAUGCCAAAUGAAAAAUGGCUUUUGUGAAAAUGUGGGUGAUUCGUGUAAAAUGUCGUUGCUUAAAUUGUUAAAUCAAUAUAAGCGGUGCGAAUCGGGCUGAGCUGAGCUGUACGGUGCGUGUUGUGUUGGUCGUAACUAAAUAAUAAUUCAAUUGAGGUGAAGUUGUCGCAUGCAACUUUGAGAGGGCAAAUGUGAAGCAACAAACUCGCUUUCAGCGCCUAAUUAAACUAUACACACACACAGAUGCACACAAAUGUGCAUACUGCUAGAGCAGCCCUUGUGUGCGUGAAGUUCGCGCAUUCACAAAUAAAUACAAGUAUGUGCGUUUUGUUUGGUGUGGCCGUGUGUACUAGGUCAUUGGCAGCGCCAGCGACAACUCUCAACUCUGUACGAACAUACACACAUAUUCCACUAUCCAAAAUGUAAAAAAAAGUCUAGGAAUAAUGAAAAGUGAAAAUGACCGCAAUAACACUACAUAAAGCCCCAAAAGAUUAUAAUAAUUCGCGAGACAGUGUUCAUGUCUUCAGCGAGCGGCGGGUGGGCGGCAGAUCGGACGCGCGCUCUAAAUCAGCGCACACCCAAAACAAAAAGAAAGCUCACUAAUGGCAUACACAUACAUAUACACGUGUGGGCAUAUACAUAUGCCGCAAAACAAGCAGAAGUGUCGGAAUAAUGCAGAGCAAACGCCGAGUGCUAGAAUAUAUUAAUUUGGCACAACAUGGCGUAUGAGCAACCAAAACCAAACCGACAGAAGCAUGUUGAGGCCAAAGUGAGUGUCAGCGAAAGUCAGUGUUGACUGCAGAUCAUAAAAAAGUCGCAACCCAAGCCUGAAAAGGCAUAGCGCAUGCAUGUGUUUGGAGCGAGACCGCCUGCCGUCCGCAAAAGGAUUGUGGCGUGUGCACAUCUAAUAACAUCGAAAUUAGUAAAGCCCGAAAACGACAACACAAAAGCACAUAUUUAUUGCAUAGUCGCAUUUUUUACUACGCCAUUUUUCUAUCACAUUUGUAUUACUCCACGAAUAUGUCUUUUGUUUGCCAGUUGAGCUGUUGCUUUAGCAGAAACUGCCUACAGUAAAGUCGGUCUGCGUGUUUGCAAAACUGUUGCUUAUGACCUCUAUCGAGUUUCGUGUCUUUCUAACUUGCUUUCAGUUACUCGCGCGCGUAUGCAAUGCAAAAAUAGGUUAGGACGAGCGUAAUAUAUUCUAGAGACAAUGCUUAAUGUGCAAUAAGCAGGAUCAAUCUUGUACAAAUCCAGAAGCAAUGUGAAAAAUUCGAGUUAUCGCGGUAAAAGUGGGAGUACCAUAGAAAUACAUGCCUUUAAGAACUGAACCACUAUUUGCUUUGCAAGAUGUUUACCACAUGGAGGGUUCUCCUCAUUUGCAUUCAGGUCACGCAAUGAACAAAGUGAACUCAAUACCACAAAAGGCAUUUCCAAUCUUUGUACAAAAUAUAAUACCGACAUAAAUAUUUUAAAAGUAAAUAUUUAAAUAGUUACUCUAAUAAAAAAAAAGUCAUGUGAAUCCUUCUUACAAUUUUUACUUAACGCUCUGUAGCCUUUUAUCAUAAUUGCAUUUAACUAAGAAUAAUGGCUUUGCUAAAAUUACCCAGCAUUUUUUAGUCUACCGCUUUUGAAGUAAGUUCGCUCAGCUCGUGCGGCAGAUGACCUUAAUCCGGCGUCGGCACUUUGUAUGCUCAAUGGCGCAUAACAAAUGCGGCUCAUAAAGGCACGUCUUCUGCGUCAGGCAGCCGUGGUGGCACGAAGCCUUUUUCAUUCGAAGUUUAAAUUGGAUAACAGGGAAAAGGGGUGCAGCAGACCAAAGAGAAAUUUUAAAUUAGCUGCAAUUUGAGGGUGAAGAAUUUCGCGGUGCAGAGCAGUUGAAAAGUAUGUAGUCAAGCUGAAAUUUUUGUAUAAGAGAGCGUUAUGCGUUGAAGACUCAAACUUACAAAAGCUAACUUCAUGAAAAAAUUGUAACCUUUUAAGCUUAGUGUUUGUUGACUUUGAUUUUUUGUGUUUUGUCCAUGCAUUUUUCAACUUAGAAGUAGUGCACCCGAAAUUCAGCUAUGUGUUAGUGCAUAAGCUGAUUAGUACACAUCAGUUACUACACGUGCACCACGAAAUCCACUGUCGAAAUUUGCACAGUCUCUAAAUCGUAGAAUCCGAUUACUCAUUACUCAGGGUUUGGUUAGAUUAACUGCUUCCUUAAGGGCAGGCACUCUUGCUAGAAAGACGCUGAGCUAAUGUGGAUGGCUAGUUACCUUUUCAGUAAGUUGAAAAAGUUAUAAAACUAGGUGCCUGUUCAUUAGAACGAAAAAUAUGGUCACGAGCUUCAGGCUUCUUUAAAAUGAUUUCUAAUACAAUUCCUGGCGAGAGAAGCUCGCAAGUAUUCUCAUUUCCAAUUGUUUUUGAGCGAAUUGUGGGCAUCGGUGCAGGACUAGGCCCUAAUUUAUUCGGUUCAUACUGGUACGCUAGCCAGCCAAUGCGCUAAUGGCAUACAAAAAUACUCAGCCGACUAUGAUGCAGGCGGCACGCCACCAGUUGUUAACCACAUCAUUAAAGCGCAUAAUGAUCAAAUGAGCUAGGAAAAUUAGUUAAACAAGCAUCAUUGCUGUCUGCCCUCAACAUACGGCAGCCAGUACAAAUGAAAAAACCAAACACUAAUACAUACGCACAUACCAGCAAAUUAGCGCACUCACACUCCAAACCAUACACCCACACGUCGCAAAUAUCAAGUGUUCGUAAUCAGGCGCUUGAAUAAAACGCGUCGAAACGCGCGCCACACAUAUGCAACGUGGUUUUGUGCGGCAUGUUGCAAGCUAUAGCAAUUUAAUGAUGUGGCGCCAUGAUACUUGGUGAGCUUUUCCUUUCCACAAUUGCCGUUGUUUGCAAAUAUGCCACGUCGCACUCACUUACUUACCACAAUAAUCGUUACACUGCCAUUGCCAUCGCGCAUCUCGUGCUUAUCAUAGGCGCGCGUAAGAAAUUAACCACGUUGCACGUUGGAAAGGUUUUAUGAAAGCUACGCAUUUAUGUAGUUGCUCUCACGUGAAGGUGAAAGUGUCCUUUGUGCGUAAUGAGUUUGUUGCGGCGCGACAAACACCGAUCAACAAAGCCACUCAGCCAGCCAGCUCGUGCACCGCCGUUGUGUAAUUGCGUAACUCAAUAACACCAACGAAGAGUAUCGUUGACUAUCAAUUUGUGCCUUUUUCGUAGCAGUCGCACUCGAGGUAAUGUCAUUUACCGCAACGUUCGGAGCAAGAUCCUCCAAAGAUGUCAACGCGAACAUUUGUGCAAACGAGUUAAAGUGUCGCAAUUUGUUGUUGGCCCAUUAUAAGUACUUAUAAAAAAGCGCAGUGUCGCGAACGGCACCUCGUACGGUACUCGUAACGUAAUUUAAAAGUUAUUGUGGCCGGCGCCCGUUGUCCCAGUUCAGUUAGCGAGGCAAGGCAAUUGACGCCACCAACGCUUGUCGGUACUCAUUGUUGUGGUUACUAUGCACGUUACACAUACUGCAAGGGAUGGGUGUCAAACUUUAAGCAACAACAGCAGCAACGACAGCGACAACACGCGCAAAAAUAGCGCGAACAAUCAUUUAAGCAGUCAACUGAAAAAUAACAACGAUAGUUGUUGUAAAAAUAGCAACACAAACGACAUUAAUAAACGUUGCAACACGACGAGUGACGGCUGCAAUACACAACAUCCGGCGGGCAUUCUUCGCCACAGCUGCCACAUACACAAUCGCCCGCGGAACGACAAUCACCCACACUUUGCGAUUGAUAACCUAGAAAAGCAUCGAUUUUUCGACGUUGACGUCGAGGCUGUACACAGUAACGGCAUUUGACGCACCCGACAAGUAAUAGACAGUUACCAGAGUCGAGAUAGCGUAAUCGACGGUAUAACCAGGAGUAGCGGCGAGGCAAAAGUGCUGUUAAAUAAGUGUGAACUACAGCAGCAACAAGAAAAUUGUGUAAUAGCAGAUUCGCAAAGGUCGCCACUCUUAACACCCAUAUCGCCCGUGCACCUCUCGUCCUGUUUCUCUUCCACUUCCCAUAGUUCCCCUUCGACGUCUUGCAGCCAAUGCACUAUCGUCUUUAAGGCACUGCCACCUCCGCCGUUGUCAGCAUCGACGCAAUCCGUAGCCUUAGGACGUACGUCGUCGCCCCCGCCAGUACCACCCAUUCGUUCAUCGUCGCUGUCACAGUGUUGUUCGUCGCCAACACAGUGGCAACCAUAUCCGCGCAAUUUCUCACUGACGCUGGCAGUGUCGCCAGUCGCAAGUCAUGUUAGCUGCAACAGCAGUUGCCCACGGCUCGCAACGACAUCAACAGGAACAACAAAGGCGUCCACGUAUAAGAGGGCGCCGUCGUUGUUCUACAUCAAGCAAGCAGGCACCAAUAGAACUUGCAGGUUCUGCGACAAAACCGACGAGUACGACGACCAAGACGAAGUUAACAGUCCUAAUAACGGCAUAAUGGUCUUAAGUACAGAAUGGUCUCAGGUGGAAGUUAUCGAUCUGAUAAAUGAUGGUAAUGGCUUGGGCUUCAUAUUGGUCGGUGGACGCAGCACUGGUGUUGUAAUAAAGGCGUUGACGCCGGGCGGCAUUGCGGAACGUGAUGGUCGUUUGCAAUGUGGUGAUCAUUUGUUGCAAAUUGGCGAUGUGAACUUGCGUGGCUUCAGUUCCGAGCAAGUAGCAACGGUUCUUCGUCAGACUGGAGCUCAGGUUCGACUGAUUGUUGCGAGGCCGGUGGAGCCGACAGCCAUCGAUUUACAAACGUUGGCCAGUCAUGCGCCAAUUAUUCCAACUAAGCUCCUCUCCGACCCAGAAGAACUGUCACGACAUCUCUUUCAAAAUCCCAGUUUUGCUACUAGUGCUACAGGCGUUGGAGUUGGCGGCGGCAGCGGCAUGGGCGGCAGCUGCUUCCUGCCAACGCCGGACACUGAACUAGCCGAUUUGCCACUGCCACCCAUACCAACUGAUUUACCAUUAUCUGCAACCGCAGCGGCGCGCGCAUGUCCCAAGGACUUGGACAUCGUACCAUUCUCGAUUGUAUCACCGUCACCGCCACCCCUUUUGUCUCUACCAUCCCCGCCAACCACAAUAGCAACGACACUCGGCACAACGGAUACAUUGAGCUCACUACACCAGCAGCAAUUUGACAUCACCACCACCAAUACAACCAACACCAUCAUAAAUUACUCAAAAACCACUCAAUUGGAACAAAUUGAGACUGUGAUAGCUGGCGUAGAUGCCGGCACCUCAACGAAUGCACCGGAUGCAGCGCAUAUUGAUGCCGAUCGCUGCUCCACGGCGUCAUCGAAUUACAUCGAUUCACCCGAAACAGAAACGUAUGAGGUAGAGUUGCAUAAGAAUGUCUACGGUCUUGGGAUAACUGUAGCCGGCUAUGUUUGUGAAGAAGAGGACCUUUCGGGUAUAUUUGUGAAAAGUAUCAUAGAAGGCAGUGCCGCAGAGGUGAGUGAGCGCAUUCAAAUCAACGAUCGUAUCGUUGCUGUAGACGGCCGUUCACUUGCGGGCGUUACCAACCACCAAGCGGUGGAGAUACUCCGGAAUACUGACAUCGAAGUCCAUUUGACACUGGAACGCUUCUUGCGUGGACGCAAGUAUGAACAUUUGCAAAAUGCACUCACGGAAUUGAAAGGAGACACGCAAUCACAAAGUUCACUGCCUGCAUCACCUUCGAUAGCAACACUUUCUUGGCUGCCACCACGUUCCGAUGCCGAUUCUGUGGCCACUGAAGGCGGUAUUGUUAUGCUGGAGUUUUCUGACUUCCCAUCACGCGAAACUGUUGACUCUAAUAUGUCAUACAUGCUCGAUCGCAGCGAUCAUAGCGGCAUUAGCAGUGCCAAGCGGCAAAAGACGCCAACAACGCCUACGGCGAAACACAUAGCCAACGGCAAAGCAACGCAUAUCAAUGGAAGCAAUGACAUUGAUAGUGAUGAUCACGACUCAGCAACGCUGGCGCUUCAAAUGCAGUCGACAGAAUGGCAGGCGCCUACAAUAUCGGAGCCACCGGUAAAACAGCCAAAUGAUGGUCAUAAGAAAUCUGUAAGCUCCGUGACUGCAACAACUGCAGCGGCGCCGGCAACAAAAACGGCGGUGACGGUGACAACAACAUUAACAGUGCCUGCGGUGGCAGCAACCACAACGAUAACGGCAACAACGUUAGCCGCCAAGCCCGCCGCUUCAACCUUAGCCCCGCCCAAUGUGGAGACGCUGAAGCUGACCUGGAAAAGUGAGUUUCCUGAAAGUGAAAUUAUUGUAGCCGAAAUAAAUAAACUUUCAGGUCUAGGAAUCAGCCUGGAGGGCACCGUGGAUGUUGAAUGCGGCAUUGAAAAGCGUCCACAUCAUUAUAUACGCUCUAUCCUGGAAGAUGGGCCUGUGGGGCGACAAGGCAUACUCAAACCGGGUGACGAGCUACUGCAAGUGAACGAAUAUAAAUUGCAAGGCCUUAAGCAUACUGACGUAGUUAAGAUACUGAAAGAACUGCCAACACACGUGAAGCUGAUAUGUGCGCGAGGUCCCACCGCACCAUCCGUAAUAAACACAUCGCAAAAUCCAGAGGCUUUCGAAACGCGCUCUCUACUACCAGGUGGCCAUCAGAGCCUGCAAAAUCUGCUGACCAAAGCACAAUCGGAGAGUUCCCUAUACACAUCAAGCACUGCCACGCUGACCGACCAGCAACGUUCCAAAUCAUUGGAGAAUGUUUCGGGUUUGGCGCUUUGGAGCAGUGACGUCACUACCAUCGAAAUCGAGAAAUCCGAACAAGGUUUCGGUUUCUCUAUACUUGACUACCAAGAUCCGAUGGAUGCCGAAGGUACUGUAAUUGUGAUACGAGGUCUUAUACGUGGUGGCGCAGCAGAAGCGACCAACGAGAUAUUUCCCGGAGAUCGAUUGGUCAGCGUCGGCGAACACACACUGCACGGACUCGAUUUGGACGAGGCAGUGGCGAUACUCAAAGGCAUGCCAGUGGGAAAAACCAAAUUGGGCAUUUGCAGACCCCUCUCAACAUCGGACAGCAAUAUAGCGUCGCCAGCGGAGGAGGCCGACUCGCCAAGCACAUAGUUUUUAAGGAACUUUUACUAUUUCAUCGCAUUUUCGCAAAUUUAAGUCACGACGCUGCCAAGCGCCCGGAUGAGUUCACUUCACAUCGCGAUUAUACGAACGAAGGCAUCUCAUAUUCAAGUGGCAGUGUGCAAAGUGUAGUGCAAUGGGAUGUGGUUGGAGGUGGCGUAAUGGGUUGUUGCUACUGCUGCCGCUGCUGACGAACGACGCACAUCUCUGAAGUGCUGUAAAUAUUUUGUUAGCCCAAGAAAUUACUUAACAAAAUUAGUCUGUAUAUAUUUGUAAGAAUUAGUGCUAAGUAAUUAGUUGUUAGCAAACAAAAAUAAGAAAAAUUCUAAUAAAUAUGUUAUAAGUACGCGAUAGGACGACAUAAACCAUAUAUCAGCUGUCGAAAAAUGAGCGGGGUUGACAUCGCAAGCAAUGAGUUAAUCAAAACAUUUCGAGCUCUACAGAAAUAAACACUUUUAUUGAUACAUUUAGAAGAAAAACUGAAAUGUCACAUCUUUAAACCUUUCAAAACACCAUAUUCCUUUAUUCUUUUGAUCAGUUUCAACAUUUCUCAGCAUAACCGCCUUACACAUGCAAAAUGUUUAUUAUAAGUAUUACUUUUCUUCAGAUUGUACAUGUUGAAGAGCAAUUUAGAACUAUAAAUCAAAUUGAAGUAUUUACUUUCAUCUUCUCCUCGAUAAUGAAUUCGACACACUGAGCCACUUGAUCUUUCCAACGUUGAGAAAUUCUUCCUAUUCUUUAAGAAUCAAAACUUUCAAAACUGAAAAAUUUACAUCCAUUGGAAUUACAUAUCUUAGCCAUCCAAAAUUUCCCAAAAUCUUUCACUGUAACGUUCCAAAAGCCAUCUUAUUGGAUAUUAUUCUUUUUCACGUUUCUGAGUAUUAUGUUAGGAGAAGAUGAGAGUUUUAUAUCUUAACAGAUUAACCAGUCUAAUAUAGCAAGUUCGUUGAAUUUCAAAUCUACUGACUGCUAGGUUAGACGAAAUUGUUUACAUCUUCAAAGACCAUUUACAUCUUCUGCCAUUUACCACCACACCUAACAGUAUUCGUCGUCAAAGGUACUCACCUAAAUGGAAGGUUAUAUUUAAAUGUUUUAGUUCUGGGACUAAAAUAAUCGAUCCUGUUAUAAAAGACCUGGCUCAGUCAAAAUCCAGUUCUACUAUAAACUCAUACUAACAAAGGCACUUCGCUGUCACUGUCACAGAACAAACUUUUAGAAACAUAAUUUCUAUUGGUUUAAAACUGAUAAAGAGCAGUUUCAUACCAUCUCAUCAUAUAUUUGCAUGUACCUCUUUCAUAUUUUCGGACAAAAUCACGAACUGAUUCGGUUCUCGUAUGAGAACAAAUACUUAUUUGAAAUAAUGUUUCAUCUUUUGUUUUCAUAUUUGGACAUGUACAUAGAUCGGCGAAGGAGCGGUUAGUUACUAAAGCUUUUGUUAUACUUAGACUUUAGAAAAGAAAUAUUUAGCUACUAGUAGAACACCUCAACGGACUCUUACAGGUAAACUAAUCCCAUUAGAGCUACAUUAAGGCUACGUAAAAUUCUUAAACAAACUCAAACCUUCGUAGAAGCAAACUAAGAGAAAUCCCGUUAUUAAUUUCUCUACCUCAGCUAUAUGUUCUACCAUGUAUUUUCAGCGCUCGAUUCUUCUUCCUAUUUCCAAACUAAUUUACCGUGCCAAGUUAACUUUAAUUCAAACCUUUGCUAAAUACAAUUCUAAGUGACCGAAAUAAUUUAUGAAAUGCUAAUUACAGAACACUCCUACAUACAUAUCUAUGCAUAUCAAAGCAUAGGAUUGCAGAUCUAACAUAAUAUAUCUUACACAUAAUUGUAAAUAAUUGUUGUUGAAUUUUAUAAACUUACAAUAAUUAUUUGCAUUGCUAUUUUUAUCAUCAAAGAAAACUAAAAAUGAAACUAAAUUUACACACAAAAUUUAGAAAAUUUUCUAGCAACACUACAUACUCACCCAUGUACAUUAUAGUCUAACUAAUUGCAUUGCCUUGUAGAUAACAACUGAGCAGAAGUAUUCGACUGUAAUAUAGACCAAAUUGUAUCAAGCUAGCAGCUAUCAAUUACUAAAGAGUCUAGGUAUAUAUACAUAUAUUGUAUAUCUAAAAGUUAAUAAAAACAAAAUAUAAGAAAACAGCGAUGAUUUGCAAAUAGCGAAAUUGAAGCGGAAAUGCCUAGCGUAAUUUAAUCAUUGCUACAAUACAAAAAAUCAAUGCAAUACAUUAGCAAUUAAUUACUCGUAGAUAAAUAAAUGGGGAGCACAAACAAAUACAGUGUAAAAGGCACAAACAAAGAAAACUUAUGAUUAACUGUUAAUAUAUGUACAUAUGCGAUCAUAUGUAACCAAGACGAGAAGAUUAAGAUUAAAUGGAGUCGAUAAGCUCAUUUCACGAAAAAAAGGAAAUAAAAGUAAAAAUACAAAAAUUAAAAUUAAAAAAAUUAAAUGAACGAGUACACAGCUAAAUCACUUUGCAUGCAUCAUACACGAACUUAGAUUAUUCAUUCUUCUCCUCCAUAACUCCUAUUAGAAACAUUUGAAAAUAAUUCACUCUGAAAACAUUGCAUGAAAAUAACGGUAGCUUUAGCGAAAAUUAAAAAAAAAAAAAGUUAAGGAAAUCGAUUAUGCUGGCAAGUAAAAGUAAUAAAUCUAUCUGAAAACACAACUGAGUUGCAAGAGAAGCUUAAUAGUGAUACUAAUUUUAGAAUGUCUAAAGUUUAUUAAAAGAAAACUUAUUUAUAAAAUAAAAAUAGUUAAAUAAUGCGAAAAUAACACACUUGUUUAGUAUGGCUUAAUAAGUGAUUCAAAUGCGUUUCAGCGCUCACACACACACUCGCAUAAUCGUGAAAACUCACAUAUUCACACACGCGUAUAAAAAUUAGCUUACAUUUAGCCUAUGAAUGAACUAAUUCAAAUAAAUAGUGAUUGGUAAAAUGAAAA